AUGCUUGGGUAUAAACCUAUUGACUCUCCCAUUGAAUUCAAUCACCAACUAGGCAGCCCAGAUGGUGACUUUGUCGACAAAGAGAGGUACCAAUGCCUCGUUGGAAGACUUAUUUAUCUUUCCCACACCAGACCAGACAUUGCCUAUGCUGUGGGGGUCAUUAGCAGAUUUCUUCAUAAUCCGAAGACCACUUACCUUGGAGCAGUAUAUAGGAUUCUUCGGUAUUUAAAGUCAGCCGCAGAGAAAGAAAUCUUGUUCUUGGAUUCCUUUGUUGAUGCUGACUGGGCUGGCUCUGUUGGUGACCGAAGAUCUACUACAGAUUACUGUACAUUCUUUGGAGAUAAUUUGGUGACAUGGAGGAGCAAGAAACAAUCUGUAGUUUCCAGAUCCAGUGCUGAGGCAGAAUACAGGUUGAUGGUACAGGGGGUUUGUGAACUCAUGUGGUUAAAGAAACUCCUCCAAUACUUAAAAAUAGCUCCUUAA